GUCCACAUCCUGUCGUCUGCCUGAUCUCUCUUCUCGACUUGACCAGCUUUGCUGCGCUUCACUACAGGGACGCGCCUGGGCCAUGCCGGCUCUUCGGGCGGAUGCGAGGUUGGCACGACUGAGCGCCUCGAGAGUGGAUGGUGCGAGGAGCACGCGGGCUUCUGCGAGGGCGACAAGGGCUGAUGCUUCGUCAAGACGACGCGCUGAUGGAGCAGGGCCGAGCAGUAGCUCGAGGGCGCUCACGAUUGACUCGGACGACUCAGACAAGGAGGUCGGAAGCGAAAGCUCCAAGCCAGUCGUACAAAGCGAUGAGGAGGAAGACGAGCUAGAAGACGACGAGGAGGACGCGGCCGCUGCUGCUGCGCGUCGAAGGUGGGCGCAGGCGACGCCGACUCCAUCCUCGAGCCGGCCAACGCGCUCUCGUCGUCAGCACCAGUCAGACUCCAAAUCAAAGACAAUGUCGAGGAGCAAUGGCAAGGCAAAGUCGAGUCAUAAGGCAGGAAGGCAGGCGCCUGUGAAGCUCGUCAUAGAUCUGACGACCGCGAGCGAUGAGGGGCCGAAGAAGAGGAAGAGAGGAGGAAAGCGACGCAAUGCGAUAGCCUCGAGCGACGUUGAGAGCGCUUCGACAGAUGAUCAACGGAUGAAACGGAAAAGAGCUCGACGCAAGACCAGAAGGGAGGAGGAUGAGAUCCGGAAUAGAAGCGGGAGAACGGCUGCGCGCCAGGCAAAGGGCAAGCUCAAGGUAGCACCUGCGCUGCGUUUUCUCGCCGACGAUGAGGAGGACAGUGACUUUGAGGAGGAGUCAAGUCCAUCGACGAGUGAACGAUCUAGUGGGACAUGGAGCAGAGACAGAGGAGCGCUUCGAGACUUUGUCAUUUCAGACGGCGACGGCGGAAGCGAAGAUGACGAGACUGAGGAGACAAGCUUGACACCACCAAGGCUGACCAGGUCCAUGCGACGGAGUGGCAAGGCUGCCUCGUCCGCUCUCAAGACCAGAAGUGGCAGAAACAAGUGCAGAGGGUCACCAGCGAAAACCAGAUCAGGUCGAGGCCCAGGCCCGCCGCGGAAAAGGACCCCCCAUCAUCGCUUAGCUACAAGCUCGGAGUCAGAUACAUCAGAAGAUGUGUCUCCUACGAGCGAAUCGGAUGAAGGACCACGACGUCCACGAAAGCGAGCGAUCGGGCGCAAAGCCAAAGCCACUGACGGUGCAAAUUCGAUCGGCAGGCCCCGAAAGCUGCCGCAUCUAUUCAUGGACCUGUCCGCGCUCGACAAGGAUGAUCGCGACAAAUUUGUGCCAAUGCUCGGCAUUCCUGACGUCCCUAAAGAAAGAAUCAGCGAGUUCCUUGCCCGACGAACACACCGAACUAGCGCCAAAUAUGGAUUUGAGAGCGACCAAGAGGACGGAGAGAAAUCAGAGGAUACUGUGCCUCAUUCGGGAGGGGAGCAGGGAGGACGACGGCGAAGAAGGCUUCGUGGAUCCAGCAUCCUUUCGGGAGGAGAAGAGCUCACUUCCGAUGACGAGCGUGCCGAUGCUGUCGAGCCAAAGGACAAGCACUGGGAUUCCUGCGCUUGCGGACGCAAACCUUCACACCUCAUCCUGCGCAAGCUCCUUCGCCGAAGAGAAGCACUUUCACAGCGCGAUCGCCGUUCCCGUCGACGCUAUGCUGACGAUUUGUCACCUUUCGAAAAGAACGAGGAGAAGAUCCUGGAAAUGGAGGAUGCUGGCGGCUGGCUUGAGUGCUCCUCCUGCUCUGCCAGUCUGCACUGGGCCUGCCUUGCGCCCUCGCGACAGAGACGCAUUCUCGCAAAUAUCAAUAUUGAGGAACAGGCACGUUGUCGAGCGUUAAACAAGGAGGAAGAGUAUCAACAAGUAGAAGGUUUCGAAGCUACCGAGAUGCUCACCACUAUCGAGUGCGACAACUGCUUCCAUCCUUGGGGCUGGCGCUGCAUCAUCUGCAACUCCGAUCGCGACGCGAAUCCGCAGAACCAGGUGGGCCUGCUGUUCCGGUGCAAGCGCUGCUUGCGCGCCUGCCACUAUGAGUGCCUUCAGCAAGUUGAGGGCGACGAUACGCUCAACGAAGCCGCUGUGGCUCGUCAGACGAACGAAUGGAAGUGCUUGGACUGCGAAAGCUGGAGUGACGUCGAGCAAAUCAUUGCAUGGCGGCCUUGUGAGACACCAAACGUCGCCCCGGAGCCAGCGACGGUGCCCGGCCAGCCCACCCCCAUCUAUACGGCCUCCAACGAUCUUCCUCGCGAGUACCUCGUCAAAUUCAAACAUCAGUCCUACCGCGAGACGCAGUGGGUGCCACACCGGUGGCUCAAGAUUGUGAGCGCCUCGCUCCUUUCACGCUUUCUCAGGUACGGCAGUGGCGUGGAGCUCGAAGGCGGCCACUCCUCGUCGAGUCAGAGCGCCUUGACAGGACCACCCCGGAAGCGCAUCAACUUCGUCACGGACGACAUGGGUGAAGUCGAGGCUGGACCCCCUGCUCCCGCGCCCGAUGCUCAGGAACGUAUCCCUUCAUCCUGGAAGACGCCGGAGAGGAUUCUUGACGUCUUCUUCCGCGCCUCCUCUGUCGAAGGUCUAUCAGAUUCGGCGCCACGGCCACAGAAGCGGAGGAUUUACCACACUCAUCAGCAGCAGAUUGCCGACGAGCUCAAGUCCAACACCAACCUUGUCCACAUAGACGAUGUCGAUGAGGAUCUCUUGUCUCCAGACGACGCUGAGGAGAGGAUCGAUUGGGUGGCUAAAUGCCUGAUCAAGUGGCAGGACGUCGACUAUCAGAAGAGCACUUGGGAGAAUGUACCGGACGGCGAUGAUCCCGACUUCUUGGUUUCAUUCCGCACCUUCCUCCAGGGUCGUCAGGUCGAUCUGCCUGAUUUUGAGCCGAGAUCAAAAAGGAUUAAAUACCAGGAAUUAUACGAGCAGCCAACGUACGUCGCUGGUGGCGAGCUGCUCGACUUCCAGCUCGAAGGCUUGAACUGGCUCCGCUAUGGCUGGAUGACGGACCAGCCAAAGAUCCUAGCUGAUGAGAUGGGACUGGGCAAGACUAUCCAGAUUAUCAGCUUUAUCGGAUCCCUCCAUCACGAAUUUAACCGUGGCCCUGUCCUCAUCGUCGUACCCAAUUCGACGCUGCCCAAUUGGGUCCGCGAGCUCGAGAAAUGGCUGCCAUCGCUACGGGUCGUGCCAUUCUGGGGCGGCAAGGACUCGCGUGCCGUCGUCGAGCAGUAUGAGCUGUUUCAUUCAAAGGAGCAAGAGGGCCGCCAGCCUCUCAAGGCCCAUGUCGUCAUUACUUCGGAUUCGACGGCUCGAUUGUCACUCGAUGUGCUCGACCGUGUGCCCACGUGGGAGGCGCUCAUUGUCGACGAGGGGCAGAGCUUGAAGGCGGGCGAUGGUGGUCUGCUGUACCAGAAGCUCGCCAGCCUGGACACGGUCUAUCGCCUGAUCAUGACAGGCACGCCCCUCAACAACAACAUCGGCGAACUGUUCCACCUGCUCAAGUUCCUCAAACCUGGCGACGAGUGGGAUGCUAUUGGAAAGCUCCGCCGCAAAUACGAGAUCCUCACGCCCGAGCUCGUCGACGAACUGCAGCCCAAGCUCAAGCCCUUCUUUCUCCGUCGGCUCAAGCAGCAGGUGGCCAAUCUGCCGCCCAAGAUUGAGAUCUUCGUUCCCGUUUCGCUCAAGCCGGUGCAGAAGCGCAUCUACAAAAGCCUCAUCGAGAGCAACGUAAAGGACAUACAAGCCCUCAUCGCGAGCAAAGGAAGCAAGGCUCGCCGGAAGAAGGCCGUGACAAGUCUGAACAAUAUUCUCAUGCAGCUGCGCAAGUGCAUUCAGCACCCCUACCUUGUCGCGCCUGAUCUCGGGGAGUUCGACCUCGAUGAUGGCGUUCAAGAGGUGCAAGAGCAUGAGCGAUUGAUCUUGGCUAGUGCCAAGAUGACGUUGCUUCGGCAGAUGCUUCCGAAGCUCAAGGCGCGCGGGCAUCGCGUCUUGAUCUUUUCGCAAUUCGUGAUCCAUCUCGAGCUGGUCGAGGCAUUUGUCCAGGGAGAGGGCUAUAGCUAUCUCCGUCUCGAUGGCCAAGUCGGCCAGAGGCAACGGCAGAGGGGAAUCGACGCCUUUAACGCCCCUGGAUCUGACAUCUUCCUCUACCUUCUCUCGACUCGCGCUGGCGGUGUCGGCAUCAACCUGGCUGCCGCGGACACUGUCAUCAUGCUCGAUCCCGACUUUAAUCCGCACGUCGACAUGCAGGCCAUCUCGCGUGCUCACCGGAUUGGCCAGACGAAGCGCGUGCUCGUCUUUCGACUGCUCGCAAAGAUGACGGCAGAGCAGCGCAUCAUUGAAAUGGCUCGCAAGAAGCUGGUAUUGGACCACCUCAUCGUGCAAAAUCUCGACAACGAAUCAUCGUCAAGGGCCGAGGAAUUGGAAGAUAUCCUCAGGUACGGUGCGAAGGCGCUCUUCGAUCAAGACGGCACCGAAGAGAACGAGCGGGAUAUCAAGUACAAUGAUGAAGAGGUCGAGGCGCUCAUCAACCGCGCCGAGACCGAGGAGGUUGACGGAGAGGACGAAGAGAGAUCGGACCCGUUGGGCGCGUUGGCCUUGCCUGCGGUGUUUGAGCAGCCGGCGAUGACGGAGGACGACAACGCCGAACAGCAAAUGGCGGCCGAGGAACGCCUCGACAUUGGCGAUGCCGACUUCUGGGAGGAGCUUCUGGCAAAUAGUGCUAAGCAGAACGAGCAUUCGACGAGCGAAAUUACCCUGGAGGGCCAAACAGGGCGCGGCAAGAGAGUACGCAGGCCCGUCAAAUACUUUCAGGCGUCCAUGGGCCCCGACAGAGAUGAUGACAUUACAGUCACGAGGAAACGCAAGAAGAAGGGUCGGCAGCAAGGAGGCGGGAGCGAGAGCGAAGAUGCCUCGUUUGAUGAGGAGCAGCUCCGUCGCUCGGAAUCCCCAGACGAUCUUGAGGGACAGGUCGUCAAUGACCGCAAUGCGCUCGCGGAGGGCAAAUUCAAGCGGAUCAAGUAUCCUCGCCCGCCUGAAACGCCCAUCAAAAAAAAGAAAUCGCAGAGAACAGAAGAGACAGACGAGGCAUUUGCUGUCCUGACCCGGUUGCCCCACUCCAUCCUUCGGGAUGUCUUGGAUGCAACUGGACCGGUUCCAGAGCCUACCGCCCCCGCCGAGCGACCCCAACUGACGAACGCUCACUGCGUCUUCUUCCACAAGGCUCUCAACUACCCCAUGAACCUCUUCCCGCACGCUUUCAUGCUCGUCGAGUCUCGUCAUCUGCCCGCACAAGUUAUUGAUCUUCCGGACGAGGGUGCCAGGCUUCUGAACAAGCAAGUCGUCGCGUCACACCUCUUCAAUGCAGCACGAAGAGCUCUUGCGGCCUGGAAACGGGUCGCGGGCCACUAUGCGCAGGACCUCGAGGCGCCAUCGCACCACCGACAGCACCUCAACGAGCUUCGCGUGCUCCUCAUGACCACCGACUCAGGGCGGCAACUGUCUCACCAAGAAGCUGAGCAAUUCUGCGAACAUGUCCGGCAGAUGGCCGUUCCAGAUCUCGAUAUGCUGGCUGCGGCCGCUGUACGCAUUCCCGGCGCUGCGGUGCAGCAUCAGGCACUUCAGCGCAUCUUUUGGCGGGUCGAAAAUGAGUUUUCCAAGCAGAGAGCCCUCCUCUCGCUUCAAAUUCCCAAGGUCAGCAUGGCAGACAGAUUAAGAGCGAUUGCUGGAACCAGCACGAGUCCGUUUGCGAGGGGGAACGUCAAGGUCUCAUUCACCGACUUCACGGUGCGAAAUGAAGUGCGGAAGACGGCGACGCAGAUCAUCAAUGCGAAUGAGAAGGGUGUCACGAAGCCAAAUGCGAGGAGCUCGGACGGCACGAGUGCAGGGGACUCGUCAGGCAGAUAUCGAGUUCAGAUUGAUGAGAAUGCCUACAAGAGGAGGAAGCCGGGCAGGCCGCCGGGAAGUGGCAAAGGCGCUAAGUCCACAGAACAAGCUACAAACAAGCGGGCAGAGAUGUCGGCGCAGGAGAGGGCUCUUGCGGCGGCGGGUCUGCUUCCGGACGGAAACAUUCGAGAGACGCCCGCUCCUGGUCCCUCUACUUCGGCGGUGGCUUCGACGUCGGCAAGCGCAGUCGCUGUGCCGAGACCGAGACCUACACCCGUCAGGCAGUCUGCGCCUGAGUCCAGGGGACCUGUCGCUGUCGUCACAGAAUCUGCGCCUGUGCAACCGCAGGCUACUGGCACGACUACGGCGGCCGUGAGACUGGCGGGCCCUUCUGUUGCUAAUUCAAAUGGCCAAAAUAGCGCCAGCACCAAUACUCGGCCUCCUUCGACGUCGAACUCAGCUGCGCAUAAGCGGGACGAGAAAUGCUUCAUCUGCGAGAAUUCACCGUACCACUACAUUUCAAAGUGUCCAUUCCUCUUGGACCCGCUUGCCGCACGGGACCGCUUCAACCAUCUGCUCGACACCGUCGUGCUCGAUCGGACCCGGACAAAAGAGGAAAGGCAGGGCAUGCGGAGGCUGCUGAUUUUCCUCAAGUAUGCGCUGGACAAACGGGAGGAGGGAGGGGGCCUGAGAGAAAUGGUGUCGCAGGAAGAGAUUGUGUAGACCGUUUCUUUUCUUUACUGGCUACUGCCAUGAAUGUAUUGUACGAGCAUACAAAUGGUC